AUGAUAAAAUCAAUCGACAAUCUAUUUGGUAUCGAUGGAAAUUUCAAGUUGAAUUCAUACAGGGAUAUAUUUCAAAGAUCUAUCAAAUCUAAAUCUAUUAAAUCUUUGGUAGUUUACGAUGAAAAGAAAACUAGUCUUGAGUAUAUAAAAAAAGGAUAUACUCACUGUGACUAUGAUGAUUGCUUAAAUAUUGAUGACAUUGAAAACUAUGAAAUUAGUACGUCAUGUAGAGAAAUCGAAUUUCUUUCGAAAAUCAAUCAAAUUUCAAUUGAUAAGAUAAGUAGAUCCAAUAUUAAAUCAAUUGAAUUCUCUGGAAAGCUUGAUUUGGUUGAAGGAAGAUUGCCAUUGAAUAUCCGAUCGAUCAAAUCAAAACGACAUAUAGAUGAGUCAAGACUACCUUUAAAUCUUAAGAAAUUGACUUAUCCGUAUAUAGACUCUGAAAAUGCUAUCGAUGCUUUGCAACUACCGAGAUCUCUGACAUCUCUAUCCUGUUUGGGUGCUCCUAACCAUCAAAUUGAUAUCAGAUCGCUGCCACCCAAUCUCAAGAGAUUGACCUACUACAAUUCGAUCACAGAUACUCCCAGCUCUGCACGACUUCCUCUGGGUCUCACUAAUGUUUCAAUUUCAAGUCAUUGGUUAAAAUACAUUGCAGAUCUGAAAUCAAUUGAAAUUCUCCAGAUAAAGAUACUCGAUGAACAUCGAAUAAAGCCUGGUGAUAUUCCAUCUUGUGUAACUCAUCUUAUUCUAUCGAAUCGUACCAGCUACAAAACAAUCACAACUGACAUUAUACCAAAGAAAGUCAAAUACUUGAGGAUAAAUGGUGAAUUUGAAUUCCAAGCCAACAUUUUCACUGAAUUCCAACAAUUGGAAACAUUAGAUAUCACUACUUUGUAUAAUAACAACCUCGUGCUUGGAAAUCUACCGGAAAGUCUGACCGAUCUAUCUUUGCCAUAUAAUUCUAUUGAUUAUCCGUUAGACCAAUAUGUAACGCUACCAUCUGGUUUGCAGCGACUGGACCUAGGUGGCUAUAAAGGUGAGAUUCCAGAGAUGCCAAGCUCACUCAAAACUCUUCGAGUGAGAGAGAACACCGCAGAACAACCGGUAACCAUUCCUUCAUCGGUGGAGACUAUCCAUUUCCGAAAAGUAGCUGAACGUGGUAAAGCUGUGACCGGUGGUAAAGAGGAUUGGCCAUCGUCAUUGACCUCCAUUUCGACCAGUGGUACACUACCAUUACAACUAUCAAAAUCUAUCAACAGAGUCACCUACUAUCCAGGUAUCUGUAGAUACACCAUUCAAAGGUUAAAUGAAACAUCAUUCUUGGUGUAUGGUCUUACCGGAACAAGAUUCGUUGCAUUUAUAUCAAAUUGGGAAACAAUCAGAAAUUUAUUACAUUCACUCGAUGAUAAAUAA